AUGGUAUUCGCCUGGAUCGUUUUUGCUUUGAGCAGACACAGUGUCAGGGCAGGCACUGCCACCAGCAUCAUCAACGUCGCGAUCGUAGCCGCCAUCGUCGGCGUCCGUGGCGAUGUUGGCUCAGGCGGUACUUGCCGAAUCUACCAGGCUCUGCGCGAACCGCGAGAUCCAGACUAGAUUUAGGUUCAGACCAGACCCAUCCUCACUUGUGAGAGACAGGGUGUGUUGCCGACCAUGGCCGAACAUAUCAAAGGCAUCAUCGCUGUCGCUUUUCUUGUGGCCUCGGUGCCCGUCCUUCUGUUGCCAGGGAAGUUCACGAUCACGCUCACCACUGGGCAAGGGACGCUCACGAGCCAGGAGGGGGACGAGCUGGCCAAGCAGCUGCUCGAUUUGAGCCAGCAGGUGUCUGCACUCAGGAAGGAGCACGCCACCGAGGGGGCGGAGGGUGCGAGCCGCAGGCUCCGCCUCGACAACGAGACCCGCGGGCAGGAGCACGAUGCCGACCCCAGCUUGGAAACCCAGAGGGCUCCACUUCGUCGCUUGAGCGGUGACCCUGGCUGGACGCUCCUCCUGAGCACCAACCUGGCCAGCACCUCGAUUGGGGACUUCGCCAGUGGCACCCAGGUGGGCUCCCUGGCGAACUCCGCCACCGCGGACUACCGCAUCGGGAAGUCUGGCGCGCAGCUCCAGAGCGAGGGCCUUACUGGUAUUCGCGUGACUACCGCGUCCGGACACCAUUUCCAGUACGAGGGGACUCUGUAUCCCUCGGGCUUCGACAACACGUGCACGAGCUGCAACUGCCCAGGCAACACCAUCGGGGGUGGCUUCUGGUGGCACGGCGGAAAGGGCGGCUGCUACGGCUCGACGCACUUCGGGCUCAAGAGGGAAGCCGACGUACACAGCGUCUGCAACGACGGCAACGCUGAUGACUCCUCCUGGGGCCACUUUCACCGCUCGGGCGUGGACACGGGCGUCUACUUUUUCGGCGACGUCUGCAUCAACGAGAACGAGUGGCAGGAGCGGUUCUUCUUCUGGGGGCGCCAGCCGAGCCAGGCCUCGGGCGCAACCGCCGGCGCCACCCAGUCCACGUCGACACUGAAGCGUCGGGCGGUGUACACGCGGUGGGGCUCGAAGUCGUGUCCACUGGGGUCUGUGUUGCUGUACUCGGGCUUCAUGUCCACCUCCCAUUACACGCAUUCUGGCAGCGGGUACAAUAUGCUAUGCAUGCACCCCAGCCCCCAGUUGCCUUCCGGCUACGACGCAGCUAACAACGAAGGCGCCCUCCUGUACGGCGUGGAGUAUGAGAACACUGGUGCUAUCGACAGGCACCAUGACCACGACGCUGCUUGCGCCGUCUGCCAGUGGCAGAAUGGUGCAACGGUUUUCGUCGAAUGGGGUAACGCUGAGUCGCGCCACAAUCCGUCCACGCCGAAGACGUGUUCGAACCCGGCGCACGAGAUGAUUUACACUGGUCUCAUCAUGAGCGAACAUUACACCCAUCGGAAGAGCGAGCAUAUUUGCGUGGACCUCGACCGUGAAUAUGUCGGCGAAGCAGAUCAGUCGGAUGACAACUUCAACGGAGGUCUUCUGUACACGACGGAAAUGGAGCAGGGUGCAGCCGACGAAUAUGCGUACCCACAUGAUCGCGAGGUGGGCUGUACAGUGUGCGGCAUUCCUGCCAAAAGCGUAAACGCCGACGGAGAGGUGACCAUCAUGCCAGAGUCGGAGACAGCCGUAUUCACUGUGUGGGGCAAGAGACAAUGUCCAGGCGAAGGGGUAUCAUCAGAGCAAUUGUACACGGGUUUCGUCGCAGGGUCCUAUUACGAUCACGGUGGCUCGGGUGCAAACCAGAUCUGCAUGACCACGAGCAAUCCGAAUGCCCCGAGCGGAUACAGCGACGGGAACCAAAACGGAGCUCUCCUCUAUGGGGCGGAGUACCAGAAUACAGGGGCCAUCGACGCUAAUCAUAAUGGAGACGCGGCCUGCGUGGUGUGCCGUUACUUAACACCGCACAAGGACGUUUACGUGCAGUGGGGGCGCAGCAGUUCUUGCAGCAACUCACACGCCGCUGUCUACAAUGGUUAUUCCAUGGGCGAGAAAUUCACCCAUCACAGGAGCACGCGCGUGUGCGUUCACACUGCCCGUGAGACUCAUGCGCGGUCGGACUGGUCGGAUCAUAAUGGGGCUCUCCUGUACACCACGGAGCUGGAGAUGUCCGUCUCAGGGGUGGCCGCAAAUGCUGAGGUGGGUUGCUCAUCGUGUGCUGGAACUGGCGGCAAGUCGGUUUACACCAGGUGGGGCUCUAGGUCCUGCCCCGUCGGCAGUUCUUUGCUGUACGAGGGGAACAUGAUGGCCGAGCAUUACACCCACCGCGGGGGAGGGGCGAACACCAUCUGCAUGCACCCGCAGAUGCAGAAUCCAGCCGGGUGGUCGUCUGGCAACGAGAACGGCGACCUGCUGUACAAGAUGGAGUACCAGAACACUGGGGCCAUCGAUGCCAACCACGACCACGAGGCCGCAUGCGCCGUCUGCGAGCUGGCUCACUGGGAGUCGGUAUACACGCAGUGGGGGCGGAGCACGACUUGCGCCAGCGGGCACCUCACACUGUACACCGGCUUCAUCAUGUCCGAGCGCUACAACCAUAACAAGGGAGAUCAAAUUCUUGUGUGUCGACUCCGAGAGGGCGGUGACCGCGAACUCAAACGGCGGAGACCAGAACGGGGGCCUCCUCUAUUGGAGACAUACCAGCGAGAUGGAGCACGGAUCUUCACAAGGGGACCAGUACCCCCACAACGUCGAGGUUGGUUGUUCGGUAUGCGCGGCGGAAAUGCAGGAGCUGGAGGUUCCCUUCGUGAGGCAGACAGAGGUUGCGGCCAACGGGGAAAGCUACUUCAAGAACGCCAUCCACGGCGAGUGGGUGAAGGUCGCCUCGCUGACUGCUGGCCAGAGCGCGACGGUGAGCUAUGGGUACACGGCGUCUGGGGGCACUUCGAGCUCCGAGAGGGAGACACAGGAGUCGGCGCAGGCGAGAGCUAAUGACAUGUCUUCGUGUACCUCAACCUCUUUCACUGCUUCUACAAAAAGUUCUGCAUGGGCAUCUGCAUCGGCUGGCUUCUUCGUGACAUCAACCACCAAGGUACAGGUAGAUGUUGGCUUUUCAUCUACGACUGGACUCGAGACGUGUGGCGGGGAGACGAACACGCAGGCAACAAGCAUCGCCAGGGCUAUGACGCAAGCGACAAAAUGGGACCAGUCUUUCACCGAAUCCCGUUCGUUCUCAUUAUCGAUCCCGAGCCAGAUCCCCGCAGGGGUGCCUGAAGCCGAGACAAUGUCGACACUGGGAGUCGACGUUUGGCAGUGGGAGUGGACAAUCGGCGAAGGCGCGCACGAUGACGUGAGCGCGAAAAUGUACAAAUCAAAAUCAGAAAGCCGAUUCGUCUUCGUUCCAGUUCCUACGGGUACUACAGAGCGACGACCUUGCUGCAAACCUACUCAGGAGUACGGCGUCCUCUGGUACCCGUUCAACUGCAAGACCGCAGAAGGCUUGCUUCCAGGUGCCGAGAGCGCUGCUCACUGCAAGGUCGGUGCGCCAGGAGACUCUCCUGCUCAGCAGUGGUCCGCGCAGGAGGUCGUCGAGUGGCUGGACACUCUCGGCCUUGGCGCCUCGCAGGCGCAGCUCGGGGAUGUACAGGGGGAGGUCUCUGUGAGGGUCCGUCGGCAACACCCAAACAUACUCCUACUGUCUUCGCGUCGGCGCCCCAGGGGCGACGCGCGUGCUCAGAACUCUGACAGUCUGUGGUCGGCGGCGGGCGCUUUCUGGCCAUGCCUACUCCUCGCCCACCUCCCCGUCGCCCUCCACCUCCUCCUCGCCGUCCUCCUCCUCCUCCUCCUCCUC